CAUCACUGUUCUACGAAACAUUAAAACUGAGGUAGUAAUUAUCAUAAUAACAUUUCACACGAGAACUGUUGCUUACAGAAAGUUGAUAUGGUGAACAUUUUUAAGGAAAGCUAAGAGGUAAGCUUUUUUGUGUAGUUUUACCAAAACAAUCUCGCUAAAGUUAACCGGAUUCGUGGCUACAAAUUCGGUGUACAACAGAUGCUGACUGCAGACUGGCAGAUAAACAAGGUAAACAUAUAUUGUUGUCAAAUGCCUUAACAGAUUCCCUAUCCCUUAACUUCAAGUCUUCUUAAAGUCUAGUUUAGGGAUAGGGAAUCUGUUAAAGCAUUUCACAACAAUGUUUACCUUGUUUACCUGCCUGUCUACAAGUCUGCAGUCUGCGUUUGUCGCACACCGCUACAAAUUGUAGUCCCAUUGUAAAUGGUGAACCGGAGAAGAAGAUCAGCCACGAGGUACAUAUUACGCCAGCCUGUUUCUCGGGUGGUCUUAACAAAUAACGAAGCAUAACUACACUUUAUUUCUUAAUUUUGUUCACCUUUUAUACAAAGGAAACCUCUUUAUUGAUGGUUGAGUAUAUAAACGUGUAAAGCGAAAUUUUCCUUGAGUACCAAGAAGCUUUAUCAUGCUUAAUGAAUAUUUCAUUCUCAGUAUCGUGAACUCUACUAUAAAUUAUCAACCUUAGAAAAGCAAACAUCAGCAGCUACACGGAAGCUGUCCUUUCAAAAUAUUUUUCCUUCGCUGGAAAUGUCAACUUUAAGAGUAGAUAAGUCAGCAAACUGAAGUUUAUAUCAUCCAAUUCCAACAGAAAGUAAGAGUGUUUCUUCCCGGAAGUAUCUACGGUUGUUUGUUUUCCCGGAAAACUACCAUCAGUUUCACUUAAUAUAAACACGAAACCCUUUCUUUCGAAUGGUAUUCGUAUUUCUUCAAAUAAUCAUUUGAUAUAAUAUAUAAAAUGAUGCGUGGUCGGAGAUCUAUUUUGUUGACUGUGUUAGACUUUGUUUGACUCUGAAGAUGACUACCUCACAGGUUGCCGAAACGUCAGCCACUGUCAACAACAGUCCUAUUCAGGACUACGUUCACCGGGACUAUUAAACGCAACCUACUUUUGUGUUAGUUUUCUUUUAUUUUACCAGUUAGCCUGCGAAUACAGCCGUCUUUGUGAGGAGAGACGGCUGUAUUCGCAGUUUUCCACUUUUUCAGUUCAUUUCGAACGCGUUGAUGAUCAGAUGCGUCGAAGAAUUCGAUUCAAGGUUGUACCUGUUUUCCUAUCUAUUUGCAUAUGAUCCUAGUAGCGAUCGAAAAUUUAAAUUUGUUUGUCACGAAAGGCACUGACAUGUCAAGCAUGCGAGUAAAUGAGGUGAAAGUGAAAUUUUUCGUGGAAGGGGCUUUCCCAUGUCGAUAGAAUGCAAAUAGGAUUAUUGAUUAAUGAACCAUUCCUUUUUAUUUUGCGUACUCAAACUUUUCGUAAGCGCACAGUUGUUUGGCGAUAGGCGACGUUUGCAGUCAAAGAUAGCCCUAAGAUCCAUAAGGGACGCAAUUGUGGCGAGGGCAAAGAAUACCUUAACGGUCAAAUGUUUUUCUUAAUGGAUGAUUGAACAACAUUUUGUUUAUGAAGUCGAAGUUAGUAAAAAGAUACAGGUUUCAACAAUUUUUUCUGUUUUUGUAUUUUCAUUUACACCUUAGAUACUUGGAUUUUCUCCCACUCCAAUUUCCUUAUGCUCCAUACAAGUUCAAAUGUGGCUCAGCAAUAUGUACCAGUUUAUUACGCCAGCGUUUACUUCUCAACUUACUCUUUGUUUAAUUAAAUCUAUAAAUGCUUCUGACAUUUCAAUUUCUCAUGUUACUUCAGUUUGUAGACUGCCAUCCUGUAGUUUGUUAAAUGCAGUGUGGAGAUAGAAAGAAAUCGAUUACUAGGAAAGAAAUCCAAGAGGCUUACACGAUACGAGCGUAACUCUGAAAAGAUGGAUAAGGUAAGCAAUAGAUCAUUGUUUCCAGCUGUUAUAUAUCACUUUGCUUUCAUAGUGAAGUGAAAGUACUGAAAUUAAGAACAUUUGAAAACAUAACCUUCCAUCUUUGCUAAAUAUUAAUCAUUGCAACAUAAAGGAAACGUCCUGGACAGUCUACGUGUCUGCAGCCAUAAACGAUUUGCAGAAGAACCUCCUCGUCCUCAGCGGCUGAAGAGAUAAAGGCGUUUCUCUUAAAAACAGACAAACAAAUAAACAAUCUAUAGAAAAGGUUAUAAGAGAGGAGGAAAAGAAAAAAAAUGGAUGAGACGGGAACCAGUAUUUUAAAACCCUAUAGAGAGUAUUCUCAGUUACUAGUGAAGAUGCAAAUAUCCACCUAAACAUAACCGGUUACAAUAAAGCCGAAAUACUCUCUUUCCGUCGUGGACAAAUGAAAAACCAGUGGGACUGAAAUGUCUCCUCAUUGGCUCACACGGUGCGCUUUAGACAGACUUAGACCUGUUUCAAACGUCGUGCUACUGCCGUGCUAAGCUGGCUCGACUGUAGCUCAACUGCAGCAGGACACUAGCACGACUUGGUUUCAGACGUCGAAUUUAAUUCAGUGGAGUAGAACGGCUGUUGCCGAAAACACAAAAAUAAAGAAAAGGUUUAGCAAACUUUAAAGUGUAUUCUAAUGUAUUUAUAAUUUAUGAAUUGAGUUCGGCACGGCGGUAGCACGACGUUUGAAACUAAGUCGAGCUACUGCCCUGUAGCAGGGCAAGGCUUUCCGUGCUACACGGCAGUUGCACGACUUGGUUUCAAACGUCGCGCUACUGCCGUGCUAAAGUCGAAUUUAAUUUGAUCAAUUGAGUUCGGUACGGCAGUAGCACGACGUUUGAAACGGGCCUUAAGCGUUGUUCACUGAUAGUUUUGUCUCUGGUAAGUUCAAGAAGAUUUUUUGAUCUUUCUCUAGCCUCUCACAUCUCCCGUUCGUCGUCCUCAUUUUGACGCUAAUGGUUGCAAGGCCCGGGUUGCAAGCCUUUUGCGCUCGCUACGAUAGCGCGAAUUGGUGAAUUUUACACUACUAAAAUAUGUGAAACUAUAGGGCCAUUUAUACGAGAAAAAAUAAGACGCGAACUUUCCUUAUAACCGGCACAUUUCGUCUAAAAUAAGACGCGGCUUAGCUAAGACGCGUCUUAUCUUAGAACAGCCCUUAAUACCUGUUCUUGGAUAAGACGCGUCUUAGCUAAGACGAGAAAAACUUCGUAUAAAUGGCCUUCGCGUCUUACAUAAGACGCGAACGCAUAAUACGCAUGCGUAAAUUUUUGGCGCGCCACGUUGGAUUGCUAUUGCUACGGGCAACAUUCACAUGAAAACGAGUCAAGAACAGAAAUAAGACGCGAACCAUUUAUACGAGCUGUUCUUGUCUUAGAUAAGACAUGCUCGUAUAAAUGGUACAGUUCGCGUCUUAUUUAAGACGCGUCUUAUGUAAGACGCGUCUUAUUUUUCCUCGUAUAAAUGGCCCUUAUGUGUUAAAAUAUUUAAUAGGAGUGGAGUGAACGUUUCAAAACAAGGGAGGACGAAGAUAAGGCCAUAGAAGUAGCCUUGGAGCAAUCGCUUAAAGAAUAUGAAAACAGACACAGCUACAACCAAUCAGUGAGUGCUUAUUAUUAUUAUUAUUAUUAUUAUUAUUAUUGUGAACAGGCUAAAGACUGCGUGACAGUGGUGUGUCGAAAGGUCACGCCGAUUUUACAAUUUUAAGGAUAAACUACCAAAAUUAUUGAUAAAUCAGGGUAAGGCAUAUUUUCAGUGUAUAAUUUUACACAGGUAUUGUAUGACUUUCAUCCUUAGGUAAGCCUGAAUACUGAUAUGUCUGCAAAUUAAAAGAAGCUGAUCGAGCGGAUGAUAGUUUUGUCAGUAGUUUUAGAGAAUAUAGACUUUGAACGGUCGCAAAGCGACUUUAUAUAGGUAUAUAUUUUACGGAUUGAAUUUGUGGGGUCUUAGAAAAACUAAGCGGGGUCUUUGUUCUUCGAAACUACGAAAACUAAGGCUCCUAAAUUUACCGUUAUUAAAAUUUGACCUGAAACUCCGUGGAAAGGAUCGGACAGAAGAGAAUUUGACAGAUUAGGCCUAUUUCGGCUAUAAUUUGACUUCAUACUGGACGAAUCCAAUUUUAGGGGGUCUUAGUUUUCGAGGGUCUUAGUUUUCGUAACACCUCAAGGCUACCUAUAGAGAGUAUUCUCACUUACUAGUGAAGAUGCAAAUAUCGACCUAAACAUAACCGGUUACAAUAAAGCCGAAAUACUCUCUUUCCGUCGUGGACAAAUGAAAAACCAGUGGGACUGAAAUGUCUCCUCACUGGCUCACACGGUGCGCUUUAGACAGACUUUUAAAAAUCUGUUUCAAACGUCGUGCUACUGCCGUGCUAAGCUGGCUCGACUGUAGCUCGACUGCAGCACGACACUAGCACGACUUGGUUUCAGACGUCGAAUUUAAUUCAGUCGAAUAGAACGGCUGUUGCCGAAAACACAAAAAUAAAGAAAAGGUUUAGAAAACUUUAAAAUGUAUUCUAAUGUAUUUAUAAUUUAUGAAUUGAGUUCGGCACGGCGGUAGUAUGACGUUUGAAACCAAGUAGAGCUACUGCCCUGUAGCAGGACAAGGCUUUCCGUGCUACACGGCAGUAGCACGACUUGGUUUCAAACGUCGCACUACUGCCGCGCUAAAGUCGAAUUUAAUUCGAUCAAUUGAGUUCGGUACGGCAGUAGCACGACGUUUGAAACGGGCCUUAAGCGCUGUUCACUGAUAGUUUUGUCUCUGGUAAGUUCAAGAAGAUUUUUUGAUCUUUCUGUAGCCUCUAACAUCUCCCGUUCGUCGUCCUCAUUUUGACGCUAAUGGUUGCAAGCCUUUUCCGCUCACUACGAUAGCGCGAAUUGGUGAAUUUUACACAACUAGAAUAUAUGAAACUAUGUGUUAAAAUAUUUAAUAGGAGAGGAGUGAACGUUUCAAAACAAGGGAGGACGAAGAUGAGGCCAUAGAUAAAGCCUUGGAGCAAUCGCU